UAUGUUUAUAUUCCUCGAUAACAGACAAUUUUAUAUUACUUAUAUACAUAUUUUAUCUUAUCUUAAACUCGUACGUGUUAUACCGAAUAUUGCCAAAAGUCUACACACAACAAUUUCUAGAGUCCCAUAAACUCUAACAGCUUACUCCACUUAUGCGCUGAUUACUGGUUAUAAUAGAAGCAUUCUCCCUACCAGUGCUAUCGUUUAUAUAACACGAGCUGUAAUGCACAAGACCAGUUCAUCCGUACCUUUAAUCCGAGCCCAGUUUUGUUAAUUGCUCUUUUCUCUGAAUAAAUAAAACAAACCGUAAUUGCAGAUACCGCAAUCUCACCCGCAAAAAAAAUUGCGAAGGACAUAAUCAUGCCAGAAGUGUUUACAUAGUUCAAAAAUAAGGUCAAGAUAAAAAGUAGCUGAUAAAUGACAGCAUAUACUGUAACGAAGUAUAGUUGGCAGCAAUCCGUCAACUGUAGUGUGGAACCUGAGUGCUGCACGACAGAUUCAAUAUGGCGGACUAUUUUCAAUUACUGAGUGCGUUCGCCCUGGUGUUCCUAGCUUUGUAUUAUUACUUUACGUCGACCUUUGACUUUUGGAAGAAGCGUGGCGUGGCUGGGCCACGACCAGUGCCCAUAUUUGGCAACAUCAAAGAUGUCCUCCUCGAGAAAUGCUCUUUGAACGAAUGUAUAGUGAAAUUUUACCAGGAGUACAAAAAUGAGCGCUUGGUCGGCAUAUUCGAGAGAAGGAAACCCAAUAUUUUAUUGACCGAUCUGGAUUUGGUAAAGGAUGUCUUGAUCAAGGACUUUUCUAUUUUCAACGACCGAGGACAUCUCGUUUUUGAGAAGACAGAGCCGUUGUCCCUCAACAUCUUCAGCCUAGAAGCAAAAAGAUGGCGUCCCCUGAGAGCGAAACUUACGCCCGUCUUCACAUCCGGAAAACUAAAGGAAAUGUUCCCUCUGAUCCUAGAGUGUUCAAACCAGUUAGAGGGGUGUUUAGAGAAAAUAAUCGAACAGGGAGGCUUUAUCGACUGUCGCGAAGUGGCAGCAAGAUUCACCACCGACGCGAUAGGAAGCUGUGCUUUUGGGAUUAACAUGAACGCGUUGUCGGACGAGGGCAGCGAAUUCCGACGAAUCGGGAAAAAAAUUUUCAAGCCAGACAUCAAGAAGCGAGCAAUAGCUACGAUGAAAGAAACUGUGCCGUGGCUGUACAGGCUACUGGGCUUUGUGUUGCCGCAGAAUGAAGUCACUAUGUUUUUAACGAAUAUCGUGACGGAGACGAUAAAAUAUAGGAAGGAGAAUAAUAUUGUUAGGCCGGAUUUUAUUAAUGUGCUCAUGGAGCUGAGGGACAAUCCACACACGCUGGAGAAUAUUGACAAGGUAACGGACGUUAUGCUCGCCGCACAAGCCGCCGUUUUCUUCGCAGCAGGUUUUGAAACUUCUUCCACCACGAUUGGACACGCGCUAUAUGAAAUGGCCUUGAAUCCCGAUAUGCAAGACAAGCUUCGCAAAGAAAUCAAAGAAUUCUACAACAAAAACAAAGGAAACUGGACGUACGACGAUGUGAGAGAAAUGAGUUAUCUGGAUAAAGUAUUCAAAGAGACGCUUAGGAAGUAUCCACCGGGUGGGCUGCUGAGAAGAAGAUGCAACAUCGAUUACACUUUCAAUGGUACAAAAGUAACCAUUCCAACGGAUACGGAAGUGCUGAUUUCUAUAGCUGCUAUUCAUAAGGAUCCAAGUAUUUAUCCGAAGCCUGAUGUUUUCGAUCCGGAGAGGUUUAACGAUGAUGUGGCUGCUUCGCGACAUCCUAUGGCUUACAUGCCUUUUGGUGAUGGACCAAGAAAUUGCAUUGGAGCACGUUUUGCGGUUUACCAGACUAAAGUAGGAAUAAUACAGAUGUUAAAUAAUUACAAGGUCGAGGUUUGCGACAAGACAUUAAUCCCAUACAUCAGACAUCCGACAGCUCGCGUGCUUUCGCCAAUAAGAAGUAUCAUUUUAAAAUUAAGUAAGGUACAAAGUUAAAAUGACACAUGAAAGACGCUAAGAUGAUGCGUUCUCUUGUAUUUCAAAAUGAGUGAUGUAAAUAAAAUGUGUGUUCUUUUAUAAAGAUUUUUAUUUAAAGUGGAAUAUACUCUGUACAUGUAAAUAAGAAAAAUAUACGAAAUAUUAAUU